UGGCGGGGGGCGUGGGAUACCGGAGCGGGCAGGAGAGCGACUGGGUGUCUCGUCUAGAAGAGGACCUCGUGGCCUUCAACAUGGGAGUCGAAAAGGAAGGGGGGAAAUGGAAAGAGAGCGCCAAGGACCCGGAGGUGUGGUACAAUUAGGUCGAGCACGGGGCGGCAUGGUUCAUGAGGAAACGGCACAGGCAGGAGGCGGAAGCGUCCGCGAAGCGCCAGCGCGCGAGGGAAGCAGAAGCAGAGAGUACGGCCAUCUCAGGACCGAAGAGAAAGAGAGCCCGGGAAGCGGCGGUGGGGGGGGAAGAAACGGCGACCGGGCACUGCUGUAGAAGCGAGUAGGGCGGCCGAGGCAGCACUUGUGGCGAACUAUGUACCCGGCUGAUGUUUUUGCGCCCAGUUUCCCUCCCUGUUGUACGCUAUAACCCUUAUGUAUGUCCUUUGUAUUGCCUUCGGCCUCUGUGCUGUGUUUCUUUUUUCUCAUGUCCUUCCUGCCUACUCUGCCGUGUUGGGUACCUGGAUCUCGCUUUUGCUGUUGCCGUUGUUUUCGUACGUCUGGCUGUCUGCCCAUCUGCCGCCUCUUUGUUCUGUUGGCCCCGUUGCUACCAUGCCCUGGUGCGUAAUGCCUGGUGCUGGCUCAACAAGGCAGUUUGGUAGCCAUCUUGUGUACCUAUCUGUAUGUUAUGUUGGGAAGUUAUAGACCGAAGAUUUGGUGGAACUCGGUUUGUGGGGUGUUCUAUUAUAUGGCACCCUUUAUGGGGUUGCGGAGCAAGCGCUUCUCGGGCUGUGUAUGUACUCGUAAUCAACAUAUUUUUUGUGUGUGAUGUAUGGGGGCAUGUGCGACGCGAGAUAACAUACUUACCGUGUUGUGUAAUGGCAUGUCGUUAGGCCCGGUCUUAUCGACAGAAUAGAAAUCGAAAAUCGAUAUCAAAAUUCAGUUUCAAGUCCUAAAGAGCCGCCCGAACUUGUGAAAUUUCGACGGUGGUGUCUUAUCGAAAAACUGCCAAAAUCAAAGCUGUAUUUGAGAAAAGACGCGCGAAGAACCCACGAGAAGCAGCGAACAGCCCACCGGUCGGAGCAAGUAGUGGCUGCGUGCGCCGUGCGCCGCACCGCCGCACAACCAAACACAUGGCUCGCGCUCCUGCCAGCCGACGCUCAUGGCUGCGGGGAAAGACGAAGAAGCGCAUGAACAGCUCCUGGAGCUGUUGACGAUAAUAGUUCUCAUGGAUGAUGGCGAUGAUGCCCCGCAAAUCCGCGACAAUUUCGUGCGCCGCGAGCACCGUUGCUGGUACACAUACGCGAAGCCGAUGGUGGAUGAUGGCACGUUCCGCCGACGCUUUCGCAUGGACUACACGUGUCUUGGGCUCGAGCGGAUGAGUGAUGGGGGCCGUAGCCAAAGGACUGCGCGGGCUCAUGGGCGUGCGUGAGAGCGUGAGAGGUCGCACUACUUUCUACGAACCCAACGAUCCUGCGACGUGCGCACGACCCUGUUGCUGUUCGCAAAAGCGCUGUUGCUGUUCGACAAAGUCGACAUCGAAUUAACUGUUCUUUCUUUUUUCUGUUAUCGAGUUUCAGCAUAGGAAGAUUCUGUAGGGUCUCCAUCCAAAUGUCAUUUUUCGGCACCCUCCAUCCACAUCCCUUUCUUCCCCUCGCUGCCUCGGCAAGGUUUUGCGUAGGCAUGACCCAUACCGAGGGGGGGGGUCUUUCUAGCGAGCAGAGCUAGACUCACCCUCAAGGGACCGAUACCUUCUUGCUGCGGCGCACCCGCCGCGAGGCGUGCGUAGUGGUAGAGUUGGGUCGGCACUCGUGCGUCAGGUGUUGGGGUGUAUGUGAUGACGUCACAGGUUUUGUAGAGAGACACGGCAGAGAUGGCGCGGAUAACCCGGGUGCUUUUCAUUGUGUACCUGCAUCGCGGAAGACCGCUUCAAUGUGGAACGAUUCCUAGUCAGUGUCGAUGUUUUCACUGCUGUGCCUAACAAAGAUGAUCUGGAUAGAUUCGGGUGAUUGUCAAUUGCAAUGAUGGCUUUGGUUGGGUGUUCUUCUUCAUUGUAUGUCCAUGGACUCAUUCUGACAGCACUUCAGACAGCAGCUGCACGCCCCGAGCUUGUGUACCAUGCACCAUAUGGUGUUAUUAUUGUACAGACAGCACUUCAGACAGCAGUACGCUGUAGUCGACAAACAUUCAUUUUGGUCAAAUGCGGGACAAGGGGGGUGAUGUUGCUGCUGUAGUCGAAUUGUAGUGUGUGGGCGUGUAGUUCAGUUGUGAGCAUGCAAACGUGGUGCAGGGAUCGCAGGUGUACCUCCUCGGGCUUGCGUACCCUUUUCUUGCCUACAGUGUGUGUGUUAUUUAGAUCUUCUGAUGGCUCUAGCAUUUUUGUGACCACGGACCGAGUCUUCGCUAGAUUUUGGAAUUAGCAACUGACACGAGUUUAAUAAACAACAACAACAACAACA